GAUUGUUGGGAAAAAAAAAAGAAAAAAAAAAGAAGAAGAAGCGGGGCGAGAGAAGCAAAGAAGUUAGGGUAGGCAAGAGAAGAAGACUUAGUGUCUCGUUCCACUGCUCAACAUUCUGCAAGUAUCCGGAUUGGAAACUAGACUACAUACAUUUUGACUGAUGGAAUAUUUUGAAUGUAUUGGACCUCUGACACGUCCAGAUACUUUUAGUAUGCUGUGUAGUGGAGCGGGGCCCUUAGUUAUCCAGUGUUGUAGAAGGUGUAGGUUUGAAGAAGGGAAGAGGAGUGUGCAUGGGCCUCGCUCCUUCCCUUCGAACGUAUCGGACCAACUAAGAGGUCCACGUUCAUUUAGUAUGCUCCGAGAUGCUCACCGCAUGUUUAGGGAUUUUCGAGCAUAAGCUAUUGAGGUUAUGUCUUCGUCAUUCAAUGAUGUGCCGGGUGCACUCGUCCAUCCGUCAUUGACUGCAAGAUGCGGGGAAAGCCAAAGGCAAAGGCAAAGGCUUUAUUCUGCUCGGCGAAGAAGUGGGAGGUGCAUGAACAAGCCGCAAGCUGGAUGAAACUCAAAGGGGAUAAUUGGUGGAAGGCGGAGGCAAAGGCAAAGGCUUUAUUCUGCUCGGCGAAGAAGAGGGAGAGGUGGAUGAGCAACCAGCAAGCUGGAUGGAAUGCGAACUCUCGUCUGUGGAGGCAAAGGCAAAGGCAAAGGCGAAGGCUCUAUUCUGCUCGGCGAAAACUCUAUUCUGCUCAGCAAAGAAGAGGGAGAGUAAAGGGGAUUAUAAUUGUUGGAAGGCGGAGGCAAAGGCAAAGGCUUUAUCUGCUCGGCGAAGAAGAGGGAGAGGUGGAUGAGAAAACAGCAAGCUGGAUGGAACACGAACUCUCGUUGGUGGACGCAAAGGCAAAACUUUAAGGCGAAGGCUUUUUUUUGCUCGGCGAAGGCACUAUUCUGCUCGGCGAAGGCUCUAUUCUGCUCGGCGAAGAAAAGGGAGAGGUGGAUGAACACGCACCACCGUGUCGCUGGAUGGAACUCGAACUCUCGUCCGUGGAGGCAAAGGCCAAGGAUUUAUUUUGCUCGGUAAAGACUUUAUUCUGCUCGGCGAAGGAGAGGGCGAGGUGAAUCAACAAACAGCAAGCUGGUCACCGUGGAGCUCGAACUCUCAUCAGUGGAGUCAAAGGCAAAGGCAAAGGCUUUCGUUUGCUUGGCAAAGGCUUUAAUUUUUUUCUGCGCGGUGAAGGAGAGGGAGAGGUGGAUCAACAAACAGCAAUCUGGAUG